CUGAGCCUUUCUCCUGCUGUCAGAAAACACACCGUCGUCUCCACCAGCGUAAAGUCAGACACAACAGGACUCUACUGUUUCCUCUGGGACCUUUCAGAAUAAAAUGUAGUGACCUAAAUGCCUCUGUUACUGUUGUAGUGAUGUGUGGAGGAGGAGAAGUGUCUUUAAUGUCAUUGUUUUUAACGUCUCAGGCAGGGUUUCUCUACCAUUGGAGCCGUUUUAGGUACCACCUAACUGAAUUAAUGUGAAGUCAAUCACUUCCUGCCUGCUUCCUGACAGGUGGAGCUGGGACUCAUUCCAGGAAACAGCUCACCUGUGUCAGAGAUUUCUCUCCAGGUGGAGAGCGACCCUCUUCUUCAUCAACUCUUCUUCAUCAACUGUUUGGACUGUUUGAGGAAACUAAAACAAACGGUCGUCUCCAUCAGAGUAAAGUGAGACACAACACAACUCUACUGUUUCUGAUAAAAGGUUCAAGGUUCAAGGACCCAUCAGAGACCAGACCCUGCUGAACCUAAAGCUGAACCUGAACCCGAACCCGAACCUGAACCUGAACCCAGCUGUGUGUCCAUGGAGCCACCGCUACUUUAAAAAAGAAGGCGACCUUAACUUGAGUGGUGAAUAGAAUAGAAAUGGAGGAGAGAGGAUUGAUGGAGAGACUUGAAUGGCAGAAGGAGAGAAUUGCAAUGGAAAGGGAAAUUGAAAUGUUAAGAAGAAGAAGAUUGAGGACGCAGCAGAGACCAGAGUCUCCUGAACCUGAACCCAGCUGUGUGUCCUUCAAGAGUGACUGGUCAAAUGAUCACUUUAUUAACUUUAAAGGAGAGCAACCCUCUGCUGAAAAGAG